AUGUCAAACAUUAUACGCUUCGAAGCCUUCUUGCGUAUACCCAGCUUCUUUUAUCGCAGCGUUGGCAUUGAUCUAUGGAACACAAAUGGCGGUUCGCUACAGAGUGCAGUCUUCUACAUCAGCUUGUUUAAUGUUAAUGUCUGGCUACUUUCGGAGUUGAUCUUUGCAGUUCUAAUGUUCACUAAGAACUUCAUACAGGCAACCAUGACGCUCUCAUAUGCCGGUUUUGUGCUCGUCGGCUCCAUAAAAAUGUACUUUAUGUGGCGUAAGAAAGCAGAGAUGACACGCUUCCUGCAGCUCAUGAACGCCAUCUUUCCACGCACGGAGCCGCAGCAGAAAAUGAUGAACUUGCGAAGCCACUUGCGUCAAUGUACGAUUGUAAUGAGCGCCUUUGCAAUGAUCUUCAUGAUACUGAUUUGGACCUACAAUCUCUAUCCGUAUAUGCAACGGCAGAUCUACGAUUGUUGGUUGCAYAUGCGAAGCGUCAACAAAACGCUGCCCUAUGAGAGCUAUAUUCCUUGGAAUUGGCAUGAUCAUUGGACUUUCUAUCUUUACUACACUUCGCAAAGCAUCGCUGGCUAUCAUUCGGCUUCGGGACAGAUCGCUAGUGAUUUGGUGUUAUGUGCCAUGGCGACGCAAAUUAUUAUGCAUUAUGAGUAUGUUGCACAGCGGAUCACUGAGUAUCAGCCACAAGCUUUGAAAGGCGCGGUACGUGAUGUGAAGGAGAGCGAGUUAUACCGCAAGGAUAUGAGGUUCCUCUGCGACAUARUUGAAUAUCACGCCAAUGUCUUGAGUUUGUCGGACAUUAUGAAUGAGGUAUUGGGUGUGCCGCUUUUAGUCAAUUUUAUGACUUCAUCAUUUGUAAUUUGCUUUGUCGGCUUUCAAAUGACUAUGGACGCCGAACCGGACUAUAUGGUUAAGUUGUUUCUUUUUCUCUUUUCAUCGCUGUUUCAAAUUUAUUUAAUUUGCCAUUACGGCCAGCAGCUAAUCGAUGCGAGUAACAACGUAUCUCGAGCCGUUUACAAUCACGAUUGGGUACAUUCACAUGUCCAUUAUCAACGUAUGCUGGUGUUAGUGACUGCACGAGCUCAAAAGCCAGCAAUGUUGAAGGCUACAAGCUUUGUACGUAUCUCACGUGGCACUUUAACUGAUAUAAUGCAAAUUUCCUAUAAAUUCUUCACACUCGUCCGCACAAUGUACAACAAUUAA